CGCUAGCGUGAAUCCCCCUGGUGUCUGACUAUUUUGACUGCUGUCGUCUGUAGCGAUCCUUCUAUGCCACCUGCUACUGCUGCUAACUCAGUGUGAAAAUCUUGUCUAUUUGACUGGAAUGUCGCUUUUUGGUGGCGAGGGAGAUUUUAGUCGGUAUCGUUAAGCUGAAAUCAGACGAUCUGGCUAGCUCCGCUAUUAAUGCGAGUGGUUCUAUUGCUAUGCGCUGAUCUCAGUUGAAGGAACACGGCUGCGGCUAAGAUUUAUCAUAGUAUCGCAGUAGCGGUAGUGAGUCGAGUAUCCGUUUUGGCGGACAGAACAGCGUGGACAACUGUGUUUCAUCAGUUCACCUGAUGCAGUGCUGCAUGCCGCUGGAUAUCGAGCUCUCGGCUGCUACUGCGUCUUUCGUUACUGUUGCUGUUGUUAUUGUUGUUGUUUGCUCGGAUCCCACUUUCUCAUUCUGUCUCGUUUGAUACGACGACAGUAGCGCUGCGUAUCUGUUGUACACUCAAUAGUUCAUUUGUUUCGUUGGUGCGUCUGGCAGACGGUCGGCAGCCAACUCAGCAGGAGUGAUCGCCAGCGGACCGUCAGCCCAGAGUGUGGGUACCAGAAAAGCAAAGGCAGGCGGUAAAUAGAGACAGCACUGACUACAGAGUAAAGUGAAUAGUACGCACACUGCUGCUGAUUGCGUAGCGGCAGCGGUCGUUCGCGCUCUGGAGACGAGGCAACGGGAACUGCCCAACACGCCAGCCGUUCCGUAAAUUUUAGGGAAAUACUCGUUGAGUUAGCAACCUGGAUGGUUGGCGAAGACUUCCCAGUUGACAACAACAAAAUUUUUAUAAAGCUAUUGUCCAAGUGGUUAAUUGACAGAGAGGCCUGCAUUCCCGAGAAGGUCUUUUGUCGAGUACUGUGAUUGUGUCGGAAUACGACGUCAUUAGUGUGAGGAGACUAGCAUUUCAGGAGUAAGGUGCGGGUCGUGUGCUUAGGACCUGAGUGCAGUUCAGUGAGCGUGAAAAGAACGGCUGGACAAUUCUUUUUUCCUAGUGGUUGACGUGAUAAAUCUCAAUGGCAGCCAUGGAGCAGAUCCUUCUGCUCGAACCCAAGACGGAGCUGCGCUUCAAAGGUCCAUUUACGGAGGUGUCAACAGCUCUGCUUCACCUAUCGAAUCCUUCAGAGAAGCGUGUCUGCUUUAAGGUGAAAACUACCGCGCCAAAACGGUACUGUGUUAGGCCGAACUGCGGCGUCAUCGACCCUAAACAAACUGUGACCGUACAGGUCAUGUUGCAGCCCUUUGAAUACGAUCCAAACGAGCGUAACAAGCACAAAUUCAUGGUGCAAUCGAUGAUCGCGCCCGAAGGACCAAUCAAUCAUGACAUCAUCUGGAAAGAUGCUCCCAAGGAACAACUCAUGGACUCCAAGCUUCGAUGCGUGUUUGAGCUGCCCGGAGACGAAGACGAAGCUAUGGCAAGCAGCCAGGUUACGACAACGGUGGCGUCUCAGGACCCCGCGCAGGAUGUGUUCUCUGCUUCCCUCCAGAAUCAGGAGCCCGCUGUCGAACCCUCACCUCAACGGUUUAUAACGUUGGAAAGUGGUAACGUCCCAGGCGCGGACACUGUUAAAGGAGUGCCAUGGGAUGAGCUCAAGAAGCUUCAGGAUGAGAACAUACAGCUUCGAAAGGAAAAUGCUUCUUUGAAGGAGGAAGGUCUACGUCAACGAGUGAAGAGCUCGCAGGUAAGCGAACCCUUCAUGUCGAAGGUCCCCAGCGGUGCGGGUGCGGGUGUGUCUCAAAGUACGUCGUUCGGGCCCCUGUCGCAGGUCUCGCACAACACGCUGCUUGUCUAUGCCGUCAUGCUCAUCGUGUGUGGCUUCAUUCUCGGAAAGUUUAUCUUUUGAGCAACAAGAUCGGUGGGCGACUAGAAGAUAAAAACGUGUCGCUCGUAACAUCAGAAGAAAGCAGCAGCAGAAACCAGAUCGGCGGAGAAUUACUGCUGCCUCGUUUUUAAAAAAACAAGAGCAAUUUAAAAACACUGACGAUGAAAACAAUGAAAGCAAUUUUUAAUUUACUGAAGUGUAAUCCAAACCGAUAUUAUUAACGACAAAAACAACAUGCACCAAACGGAGGUAUAGCGUUUUAGCGAUUUUCUUUUGUGUGUAUGAUAUAACUCUCCUGAGUAUUGCGACCACAAGAUAGGGUAGGAUUGACACCUUCUCUCGUAUUGAGACAGGAAAAACUAUCGCAGCAGGCAAAAGAGGACAAGGGUAAAAAGUCAAGAUGGUAAAGGCCAUUUUUUUAUCGAGAAAAGAACAAUAUGCAGAUACGAAGACGCGUGACCUUCCUGUUCAGUUGAAAGUGCAAGAAGAAACAAAUUUCUCCGCAUUGCUCGUAACGACAGCUUCAUUCGAGGCAGAACCCUUGUGAAAACCCAAAACGUCCGUUGAGCAAACAUACGAUAUUUAUAUAUGGCAAUGAGACCAGCGUCCAGCUAGUUGGUGUUGCUAAGGUGUUUAACGUUAGCGUGCCACUGCAAAAUUGAUCACGUUCGCUCAUGUGAGUUACGCAGGCACGUAUGACAAAGCUGGCAGUUUAAUUCAGAGAAGUAAGCGACGAAAGUAGAAGCACAACAACGAGUUCGUUGGCGAUACAAAAUGCCUCCACUGUUGAUGUUCUCCGUUUGGGGAUGGUGCAGCGGGAAUUUUCUGGUUGGAAGCCCCGUAUAAUUAUUUCGAUAUUUCACGAUUGGUUAAGGAAAUAAUAGUAAAAGAAUAUUAUUCAUGUGAUGGGGUAUGAAGUCGCAAUAAUAACAAAUAACAAUAUUAAAGAUGACGAAAUCUAUUAUUAUAUUAUUCUACUAUUCGUAGAACUAGUUUGCGGGGUCCCUGAAUUUCGCCAUUCUACACAGGAUUGCAGUGCACGGAAAGUAGUCUAGAUAAAAUUAAAGCCGACCCAGUGACAAUUAUAUGCAUAUAAGGAUAGAAAGAACUACAUAAAUGAUCUGCGAAACAUUAAAGUGGGCAAAAUAUUUGUUAAGAGGAUAUAAUACUGGUGAGGAUCGCAAAUCGUAUGAAGAACAUGACAGUGAAUCUUGCCAGGGCAAAAAUUCCAGUCUUGAACUCUCAAAAGAUUAUUUUUUGUAAUAUUAGAUCCUAUACAGGCUAAUUGGUUAGAUAUCGAUUGGACGAUAUAGUUCAGAUAAUCGUAAUCGGUUAUUAGUGAAACAGCAGAAAUGAAAAAGCGAGAAGCUAAUGUUAUUAUAUGAGAAAAUGGUUCAGUACAAUGAUAUCGUCUAAGAUGGUUGAAAGAGCAGCUUAUUGGAGUCGUUGUAAAAGGUUCAUAAAACUGGUAACCAGGUCUAGUAGUCAGCGAGAACUGUAGAACUAAGAAGAGUAAAUACGCUAAGGUGGGGGAUGGAUGUGCCCCAACAAUGACGAGAUAGUUGGUUUAAGACUGAAAAUGUUCUUGAAGUUACAAUAUACAAAAAUAAAUGGAUAUUAAUAAAAUUAAGAUUUUAAUAAUCACCAAUAAUGAUAAAUAUAACAAGAUAUACUGCUACUUGGAUGUGUACGGAUAUAAUUAACAGAGUAAUUAAACGCACGCACAGAGACAAUACUCAAGAAAAAGUGGAGGAAAGAUAUUUCUCUAGCUGCAGCCUGUAAAGGGGUGAAAGGGAGAAAAGAUGAUUCUAUCAAUACUAGAAUGAAAGUAUACCGCAAAUAGCUAUUAGGAUUCACUGGUGAACAAAAAAAAGACUCGACUCUAGUUAAGCCUACGAUCACAUUGACAAGAAGACAAAAAGAAGAGAUUUAAUUAAAAUCACGAUGAUAGGGAACAAUAGUGCUAACUUGCAAGAAGCGGCGAACCCUCAAAUAAAACGGUGCGAGGUAGACGAUCAGACGAUCAUGUCAAGGACACCAACGAUACCCGUACAGUACGAGGAAGUUAUCCAGGCCGCUGGUAGGAGCUUCCAUUUCUCAACACUAUUAUAAGGUUGGCAUCAUGUCUUUGCGUAUCUGUACGCUAGCACGCUGCCCUGGAAUCAGAAUGAGUAGUCGAAACAGGAUAUACACCACGUCGAUGAUUUAGAAACCGCGUGCGGGAAAUAGUUAUGGUAAUAAGAAUAUAUGUAUUGAAUAUGACAGGAUAGACUGAAACGGUCACUCUGAUGAGAAACAAGAUUAUGUUGGUGAUAGCAGUCGUUGAUAACAACAGCGGUUAUAAUAAUAUUAGUAAAAACAAUAAAAAUAAUACCAACUCGAUCGUACGCAAGUUGUCUGUAUGUGUCUGUAUGUACGCGUGCAGGCAGGCAGGGAGAAGAUCAAGCAGAAAGCAACAAAACGUACGCUUUUGUUCUGUCUUUUCCGUUUUUCCCCAUUUUUCGUCCUAACUAGCUGAGAGCCUAAAUAGCUCCGAGUGCCACUGCGUCUGUAUAGAACCUUCUACGGGAUGCAAUGAAAGUGCUGAGUAUAAAAUGAACGCACUAGCGGAAUCGUGUUCGUGUCGGGAAUAGCUUCUGUUAUUCCCACAGAUGUUAUAAAUAAAAUUAGGCGAACAGCAGUGGACCCAGAGAUAGAAAGUAUCAACGCGUACUAUAUACCACAUAAUCAAGUAGCGCCACUAGCGAGGAAAUGAAUUAGACCACACAUACGUGAUGCAACGAAAAUAAAUAUAAACGAGUUAAGACUCAAAAUUAGGCGUAAAUUUUAGUGAAUAAUAUUUAUGAUUCGGGUUCUACCCUUAAAGAACAGGUUUUAUUCUUGAUUUUUUUGAAUGAACCUAUUUGUUUUUUUCUACUGGAUAUGACUGAGUAGCUUAAUACAUCUGGUAUAAUUAGUGCGCUGCCACAAAUCCGUUAUCAAAUUUUUGCUUUUGCUGAGAGUCCGCCGUAACGAAUAAGCCUGUAACGAAGGGUACAGCAAACAGAGCACCCCCACAUAGACCCACCACGUAUAUUCGAACACACAAUAAUCAAAAGGCUUCGACUUUAACUGGGUUAUUACAGUUUUAUGAAAAAUUGGCAGCUAAUGGAUAAAAGCAGAAGAAUUGGUAGUAAUAAUAAUCUAAAUUAAUAGUAUAAUAUAGUCAAUAAUGAUGCAUUACGCCUGUGGGACAAGCGAGCAUAUAAAGGAGGCAUAUACACUAUGGGUACACGGUAUGAGUGACCCAACGGGUAAAGCCGCAUAAUAAUGGAAAUAAAGCAAUGAUGACAUACAGAUAGCGCGAAAGGAAAAAAUAUUGUCAUUUGCUUAGUAUUACGAAAGGACGACUCAUAACACGUGCACGAGCAGUGGAGUCAGGCAGAUGGAGCGACAUCGACGCGAAAAGGUCAAGUAAAUGGAAUCUUAUAAUAAUACGACUAUGGAGCGAGUCGUGUGAUCCAUGCGUUGCACUAUUCAGGUUUGACGGUUCUGUGAGAGACGAAAAACGGACAGGGCGAGAAAAAGACUAAGAAGAGAUAGGCAUAAAGAGGCAAAAUAUUGAAAUAAACGCGAGAGCCAAGAGCAAAAAGCGAGCGAAAGAAGGUAAAUUUCGGCAAGCAGGAAAAAGGACGAUUAUGCCGACGAUGACGUUAUUCCGGAAGAAGUCACUUGGGUUUUAAUAAACAUACAACAAGUUAUAAGCCAAUAAUACGGUAGCAAUUUUCAAUUCAGUGACGACAGUGGUGAAGCUGAAUAUUUGUUAGGCAUAGGUGGUACGGGCUGUAGUGGUUGAGGAAGCUUGCUAUAAUAUACUUUAUAAUAUAAUCCUGUCUUACUGCUAAUGUACACUGACAUAAAAUGUUGAUAGGCUCUGCUGCUCGAAUAGUACCUACCGGUAAGAAUAGAAAUUAGUGAUAAUAGUGGCCAAAAGAAAAUAGCAUACGAAUCCCGUGUUCCACCAAUGGUAACCCUUUCCGACAAAAUGCGCUUGAAACUUGACCAAUGUCCUACUGAUGGACGAUAUUUAUAAUUGAUCGAAUUUUUGACAAGUUAGCCGAGACUAACGACGAUUCCGUCUCUCAGAUGAAUCGCCUUAGUCUCGUUUAAAGCUAAAAAGUGCUUCUUUCCAGGAGCGAUAAACUGUAGAGAUAAAACAUACAAUGGAAAUUCUUAGAAGCAUGAAUAAGAAUAAUCACUUGCACUUUUUUUAACGCUGACUUGAGGGUUUGAC